GUUGAUCGAAAAUCCGACCUCGUAUAUAAGCAAAACAAGUUGAUUUUCGCAUUCAGUUUAGUGUGGUGGUCAAAUUCGUUGGUUCACCUAAGCGCGAAACUCGCUAUCAUGUCUCUGGAACGUCAAGUCCAAGCCAAACUCGCUGCCAAGCGUGAUGUACAACAGGACAAGGAAGCCCAAGAAUGGAUCGAAUCCAUCUUGGGAGCCAAAUUCCCCCCAGGCCAGGCGUACGAAGAUGUCCUUAAGGACGGUACCAUCCUGUGCGAAGUAAUCAACAAACUUGCCCCCGGAUCCGUUAGCAAAAUCAACAAAUCUGGCGGACAGUUCAAAUUCAUGGAAAACAUCAACAACUUCCAGGCAGCAAUCAAAAAUUAUGGAGUAGCCGACAUCGAUGUUUUCCAAACAGUUGAUCUGUGGGAAAAGAAAGACAUUGCUGGUGUAACCAACACCUUGUUCGCUCUUGGUCGUCAAACCUACAGGCACUCUGAAUGGCCCGGACCAUGGCUGGGACCUAAACCAUCCGAAGAAAACAAACGUGACUUCAGCGAGGAACAAUUGAAGGCCGGACAGACCAUCAUCGGUCUCCAGGCUGGACAGAACAAAGGUGCCACCCAAGCCGGCCAAAAUAUCGGCGCUGGACGCAAAAUCAUCAUCGGAAAGUAGAUUUUCUAUUUUCUGGAAAGCCUUGUCCAGGUGGUAACUUGUAAGAACUAAAAGAAGAUGAAGGUGGAUAUUUGUUUUGUACCUUUUUAUUUAUGAUUACACUAAUGAUAUUAUACGUAUAAAAAAUAUAUGUAUAUUUUAACUAAG